CAAGCAUGUACAUACUGCCAAUUUAUUUAACAAGGAGAAGAUCAUCUUCGUCUCACCAAAAACUGGUCUUGGAUUGAGUUUACAAUCCCACAGGUAGUAGACGACGGGAUAACGGUCAGUAGGACUCUGCCGAGUCUCACAUUCGCAUCUUCAUCUCAAUUCCUGCUUACACACCUCACACAUCCGCAUCAAGUCACUUUCAGAUGCAUGAAGCUUUCUUCAAGCGUCACACUACUUGUGUACCUCGCCCUCGAAAUAUUCAGGAAAAAAACCUUCUCAGAAAUGUAAAAGUGAAAAAGUGCAAGUUCAGUUUUACCUAAAGGACCCCCGACCCUUGUAGACGAAAAAUGAGUGUGGGCCUAGGUCAAGGUCAAUCUUGUUCAUGGUGACGGACUUUAAAACAGGGUCAAAAUGUGUGAACGUGAAAGUGGUGGUGGUGGCACUUGGUGUCAACGAAGGCGACUUUCCUUGAAGGGUGCUGGUCAUCUGCAAUCAAGUGGAAGUGAGAAGGAUGAGAAUAAUAAUGACGUCUUAAAUCCCGUCAAAAUCGGCGAGGAUAAAAAGUUUUGCAGUGAUCAGGAUCGCUUGUUAGCGACAAAUUGUAGUGGUACUGAUAUUCCAGGGCUGGAUCUUUUCGAUCCAAUGUCAGAAAGAAGCUCAAGUGUUUCAAAGUCACAAUUUAUUAGUAGUAUCUCCUCCCGGAGGAACAGUGAUGGUGGUGGUGUAAGUUUAAUAAGAAAGGAGAAAUGGACUCUAGUAUCCACCGUAGUGUUAAUUAUGCUUGUCUCUUUGUGGGGCAGUCCACCCGGCGUGGGUGGAGUUUGUGUUUGGCAAGGAGGUGGAAAUUUCCGACUUGCGUGUGGUUUUCGACAAUCAGGACUUUUCAGGAUACGAAGCUUAGGAGGACUGAAGGGUUACUUGGGAGGAGGAUUUACAAUAGGGGAUGAGGACGGAUUCAAAGACUCACUUACAAAUACCGACCCCAUCGGCCAGAAUAACAAUCAAUAUUCACAAGCCGGUCAAUUACAAGUGUACCCAAAUGGGUAUCAACGCGUCGGUGUGGGAGCAGAACGCCUCCCAACGCCACUUCCCCAACGAGGAGGUAAUGGCGUUCCCCUGAGUUUGGAAGAACUCAAAAGACAAGAACAACUCAGAUAUUUACAACAAAUUCAAACCGAACAAUUAUUGGAACACCAAGUUCUUCAGCAGCAACAACAACAAAUGAAAAAUAAUAAUGGAGGGCGCCAGCAAAAGCAAAUGUUUCAAAAUAGAAGGCUCCCAAUCAUGCAAACCUCUCCAACCCCACCGGCUAUGCGACCAGGAGGUGGUGGCAUUACAAAGAGGGCAAGUGCGUAUAAAUGGCCUUUUAAUCAUCAGAAAUAUCCCACUGGUGCGGAACGAAGGAUGGGAAAUCCUCCUCCUGGAGGAAGGGGGAUGAGCCCGAGAAGACGACCACCACCACCACCCCCUCAACAAAGACAACAAUUUCAAGGACCCCCUCCUCCACAGAAUGCACGCAUUGCCCAACAAAGUCAGUUGAGACCUGUCAUGAUGCGAGGACCACCACCACCGACGACACAGCAAUCUAUGCAACAACGACCUCCUCCACCAAGUCGAAAUCCGCAAUUCCCCACAUCAUUUCAACAGCAGGCCCCAUUUCCUCGACAAUUCCAACCAAUUCCUCAAGAAGGAGUGCCCCUCGGAUUAAAAAAUGUGGGACGACGAGGUCACGCGUCUGACGAUGAUUACGACGACAUGGGAGAGACUGGUUUUUUCGAAGACCAAAUCCCACACCCACAAAUACCAAAGUCACAAAAUCAACAAUAUAACUCACUACCUCAUCAAAUGAUGCUACCUCCACCGUCGCCAAGUAGUAAUGGAAUUCCACCCCCACAAUUUAGACAAUUCAAUCAGAACAAGCAGCCUCAAGAAGAUAUUCGACAUUUACAAGGACCACACCCAUCCCAAAUUCCGCACGGGCUUCAAAUGCUUAGAAAUACGGAGAACUAUGGCUCAAUUUUCAAACUUGUCGAUAAAUCGAGGCAACCUCAACAAUUCCAGAAAUCACUUCCACCAACCCCAAUUCCAUCCCCUCAAUCGCAAUCCAGUAACAAUCAAGUCCACCGAACGCUUGAUUUUGCUCCCGGUCUGGACGACGAGGAAGCCAUGUUUCUCUCCGGCUUAGGAAAUCUGGACCGUGACGCGUUGCGAACGGCGGUGUACGAUCCCAAUAUUUUUCCCGAUAUUUAUUUCACCACGACGGAACGAGGCGGAAACAGUUUUGGUUUUCCGGCAUCGCAGAACAGGGAUGCAUUCGAGGAGGAGGAGGAAGAUCUCCAUCGUCGCCAAGGAGGAGACUUUUCCCACAAACUUGAUACCGCUGCUCUUCACACGAAUGAAAAUUAUGAACGAAUAGACGAAGAAGCACAUGACAAUUUAGGAGUAGCAGCAGCACAAGGAAAUCAAGAUGAUGAUGACGUGCGUGAAUCUCCUCCACGUCGCAGGAAAAUGAGACGUCGUAAAAAGAAGUACAGACUGAUGAAGAAGAAGGGCGACCUCAACGAGGAUGUCGGACAAAGUAUUGACAACACGGAAGAAGGUCCAGAUCAGAAUAGCAACAAGAACGGUGAGACUACAAACGAGCUAUUAGAUCAGCCAUACACUAAUAACGAGAAAAACGAGGACGGGGAAAUUGAGACUCCCGUAAAGAAACUGAGACGUAGGAAGAAGGGUCGCAGGAGGAAGAAGCCAGGACAUCGUCGCAAUAAUUCGACCAAACUUGAAGCCGAUCUUAUUCGAGAGGCCAUUUCUUCCGGUAAAAAUACGGGGGCAGAAGAACUCCCGAUUUCGGGACCUUCUCCACUUACCCUUUCCUUGACUAAAGCUCCAAGUAGAAGACCUACCACGACACCCACAACGACGACGACGACUACCACGACCACGACUACAACGACAACAACGCCUCGAGUGGAAAUGGCCAGGUUCGGAUAUCAUGAAGCUUUAGAUAAGAAGGAAAAGGCUACUAUUCCACCCCCUCCUAAAAAUUAUCAGGACGAAAGUAGCAUAAAUAUCUACCCAAAAUCGGUAGAACAAUCCCCCUACGAUCCUCGCUUUCCUCCCAACCAUGAAUUGAACAAGGGUCGAAUUCCCAACAAGUUUAUCCGACAACGCGACGAUGAACCCACCACCACACCCACUCCGUUCAUCUCCGGCGGUCUUAACGUUCUCUCGCACAUUCCUUCUCCCGACUUUUCCUCCCCCAGCAGAAAUUUCUACGAGCUGGAAAACGGACCUGGACCAACAGUGGAAACGGUAAAGUUUUCCCCUUCGACAGAACUCUCGUCAAAAUUUGUGAAAUUUGACUCGAGAGAAAGUAUCAAGUCGAUUGAGCGGACUAAACUGCAUAACGACAAGUUUUACAAGUCAACCCAUUUCAAUAGGAGCUCAUCCAAUCCUCAAAAUUCUAACAACUACGGACCCACAGCCUUUAGCAAUCCCGGCUUUUACGACGCACCACCAUUCGUGCAAGAACCCGAGUUCCACAAUCAGAGAAACAUGUUUUCAAACUACCCACGACCUCCGCCUUCCUCGGAAGUUGUUCUUCCUUGGGAACAACAACAACCCUCAUUUUUCUCCACGAGCACACUUUCACCCACGAAAAGCCCGAUUCCCAUCUACCCAAGGAAGUCCAACACAAUGAUGGUUUUUGACCAGUUCGGCCCCACGUCUCCCUCCCCCGAUCUGAAGAAAUCUCUUUUCCGCGGAGAUGAACCCGACCACCACCCGACGGACUGGGAAGCUCCCAACUUUUGGGGUUCCAUUCAACAAGUCGACCGCUACGGGCCGACAUCCGAUUUUGUGACGAAUGACAAUUUCAAACGUGUCUUGGAAAUGGAACAACGGUCGAAAAACUCCUUUCGAGAAGAAGACCACGACCAGCAAGGCCCCAGUCUCCUUCCGCCCCCAGCACCCCCCACGUUUGACGAUCAUGAAAGCAACUUUCACUCAUUUUUCUCCGGCUCUACGCCAAACUCGAUGAUUCCUCCGCCAGAAUCCAAGUGGGAGCCACCCCAAAGAAAGCACCAGCAAUAUCGCCCACCCGCACCUAGUACGACGCCCACCCCACCCUUCUUCGACUCAUCCCCCACUUUUCACUCCGAUCUACAAGAACAACUUGAGGACGACGGAGAAAUGAAGUUUGAGCAACUUCCCGUCAAAGAAUUAGAACUUGAUAAUUUUAACGAUGGCUUAAACAACUUUAACUUCAUCAGUUCCACGUCCACUUCAACCACAGAGAUUCCCGAAGUGAUCAAAAAUAUUCGGAAUAAACACGCCCGAACGAAAAAGAGGAAGCAGAAGAGACCCGACGUUUCGAUAAAAAUUCGGGGUGAUAACCAACCCGAAACCAGUACCACCACGCCCACGCCGAGCACAACCACGACGACGACAACGACGGAGCAGUACGUGCCAGAACAAAUGAUAAACUUCAAUCCGAACAGGCAACAACAAACCGUCGACAUUAUCGUGGGUGGCAACCGUGAAGAGGAUUCCAACGCAAAAAGUUCUUUCACCGUGGGACACACGAUCGGAUUUGGUGGAGGUGCCAGUGAAGUGAAAAAUAGUGAAAGUGUUGCACAGAAUGGAUUUGAUGGAAACUUUGUUCCCAGUUCGAGCCCGUUUUUGAAAGAUUCUAGAAAUCCUUUCUCCAACUUUGAUUCAGUUUUUCCACAAAAUCCGUUCACAUUUUUGAAUUCGAAUCCUACCACGAAUCCGAAUAAUAAUAAUCAUGUGAAUGCGAUAUUAUCCUCGUCCGAUCUUAAUCGACAUAUUAAUCAAAUGACGGGAUUUGACGGGAGUCAAGGUCAAGGAAGUCAUCAAUUACAGCAUAGAGAAAGUUCGGAGGAACAUCGACAUAUUGUCCGACCAAAUGAAAUUCCUCAGUAUGCGUCAGGACCACAGCGUCUCCCACCACCACCACCACCACCAUCUGAACCACCGGGCGAAGACAUUCUUUCGAAUUUUGUCCCUUCCUCGCCUGAUCCAAUGUUGAACUCUGAAGUGAUGUCGUUUGGAGGAAAUAAUGAGAAAAUGAACGACUUCCCGACAUCAAUUCCGGUCUUGAGACCACCCGAUUUCAGUAAUUCUGGAAACCUUCGAUGGGAAAAGCAGCAGAAUGAGGACGAAGCGAGGAGCAUGCUUCCUCAAUCGAUACAGAUUUUAAACAUUCAAAAUCAACCGCAACCACCGAACUUGCAAAAUAUGCAAAAUAAUGACUUUUACGGGUCAAAUUUCCAAAACUUUGAGAACAAUUUUAAGGACAAUCGUCAAGAACAAGGACACCAAUUUUUUCCAAACCAGCAACAAGAAAAUCAUCAUCAGUUUCCACAAAACCAGCAACAAGAAAAUUUUCCAAAGUUUCUACAAAAUCCGCAAAACCACCAAUUUCAGCAAGAUCAUCAGCAAGACGUAAUGCCAAAUCGUAACCAGCAAAUGCCUGGCAUGUUUAAUAAUGAAAAUAAUCAACAGGAAUCACCAACCAUAAAACUUGUGCGUCCCACCAGCCAACAAAUCCAAAGUCAGAUUAGAGCUCAGCAACAGAACAAUUAUUUCACACCUCCAAAACCACACCCGCAAAAGUUCCCAUAUGAAGAGCCCCCUUUUCCUCAAAUGUUCCCGAUGCCACAAAAACCACCACAAAAUCAACAACUCCCCUUCCAAUUAAUUCAGCCCCAAACUCCUCCAAAAUCUCAAUUUCAGAAAAAUCCACCCAUGAAAAAGUAUCAAAUUGAGACUGCCAAAAAAGCAGUUGAACAGCACUUCCAAACUACCAGCAAAAGCAAUAAUAUUCCACUUCCCAAUAAUCCAUACAUGAUGCAGAAUAACAACAACUUUAAAAAGAUGCCACCCGGAUAUUUACCACAAAAACCCACACCCACUAAAAUUCCUACGCAAAAAUUCCAACCUCCACCACCACCCACACCAAAAUCCAAUAACGGACAAAGCUUUCUCUCCAGAUUAAAUCCCUUCAGAUCAUCUUCUCCAAACGGUCAAAGUAGUCCACCCUCAAAUUCCAAUACAAAACAACAACAGCAAUCUAAUCAACCGAAAGACAGACAAAGACCAACCUCAAACAAUAAUAACAACGUCAAUCCUUACAAUACCCGAUUUCAACCUCCCCCACCAAGUCCCACGAAGGGCGUAGAGGUCACUUACGUUGACCUUGAUGAUAAUCUCACUCCACCAAAAUUGCUGCCACCAUCAGUCUCGUCGCAGUCUUAUCAGGGAAGAAUGCCUCCACCCCCACCACCACAACUUCCACAACAACAACAACCUCGACAAAGGGGUUCACCCUAUGGCCCCCCACCACCACCACAACAACAACAACAACCACCGAGACGAGAAGAUCGUCCCAUGACCGAGAAGGACAAAGUUCUCCAAGCCAUCGCCACACUGAACAAUGUCAAGUACGACGUGAUCCAAUCCGUCGCAGAGGAACAAUUCGGUUCAGAAAUUUUGGAUAGGAUAAAAGCCAAAAAGGCGCAGGAACAACAAAUCCAGCAGCAAUUAGCUAGAACAACAACCACAACUACAACCACGCCUCGACCCAUGCUUUUCCCCAUCCUCACAACCAUGGCCCCACUCGCAGGAUCAUUCUUGAACAUGAUGGGCACCGCAGUUUCCAACGCGGCUAAUGUCAAUAAACCUCAGGAAGACCAAAGAAUGAGCCCGUCCGGGUUAUCCAACCUGCUCAGCAGUUUCGGAGGAUAUGGAGAUUUCGCCGUCCCCAACAGAUUUGUCCCCCCACCACCACCACCAAAAUCCCCCACAAUUACCUCCCUCAGUACAGACGCCAUCACAAAUCUAUUCAAUUCACUCACUUCAGGCGAAAUUAGUAGACCUCCGCCAACCACGACGACGACGACGACACAAAUCCCUAUAAUGGUCCGUCUGGACACGAUGGUCGGCAAUAGUGGGGGGAGCAUGGAAUUACUCACGAAUUCCAAUACAGACAUUAAAUCACUUCAAGCCCAAUUGGCCAAAGCCAUCCUGGCCAAAGCGAACAGGAAGAAGACUGAGAACGAGUCGGGACCCUCGUCCCCCAACCCUUUCGGACUUAUCAAUAGCCUCGCCCAAACCAAAAAUUAUACCCAGAGUCAAAUCGCCACUCUUAAAAAACUCAUCGCACUCAACAACAUUGAACAAAAGCUGAGCUCCCAAUUAGGCUUGGGAUCCGGAGGAGGAAGCAUGGAGCGGUUGAGUGUGGGUCCCACGAUAAAAUCACUUCUGGCCCCGUCAGGACCUUCGGUCACUCUGUCACAGGGGGGCUCGAAUAAUGGGGCGUUCAGCAAUAAAAUGCUCAGGGAUCCUUCAGCAUCCCUCAAUACAGUACAAAACAGUGGGACGACGGGUGGUGAUGGGGGUGCCGGAUUGCAUAACGAUCCUACCCUCCUCGCCUUAAAAGCUUACGCGCUCAGAAAGGCGCAGAGCAUUCAACAGCCAAAUGUUGUCCUUAAUCAGAAAAAGCAGCAGGAGGAAUCUUCCUCAGAUUUUAAACCUAUUCCUGUCGACUUGUCAGCCAUUUUGUCGCCGGCUCCUCCAUUAGAGGAACCCAGAAAACGUCGUUUAACCGAUGUGAGAAAUGCUCCAAAAUCAUUUUUCCCUGCCAAUGCGACACAAGGAUUCGAUACGAUGGGGUCCGGUCCAGGGUCCGCCCUUAGCACUGACUUUUCUUGCGAAUCGCAAAAUUUCUUUCCUGGUCUUUACGCUGAUAGUAAAGAUCUCGGGUGCAAGGUGUUCCACUUAUGUGCUAAGACGGACGCUGGUUAUCUUCUCAAGUCUUUUAGAUGUCCUAAAGAAACGGUCUUUGAUCAAGAAGUACUGAAAUGCAACUGGAGUUUAUACGUGGACUGUGCUGGAUCAGAAUCAAAGUACCACUUCAACAAAUAUCUGUCACAAAGUUUCCAGUUCCUCAAAGUUUUGGGCGAAUUUUCCAAAAAUGCUACGGCCCAAGGAUGAAAAUAGUUUCAUACAUAAAUACAUUAAAAGAGCUACAUAAAUAUGAAACGAGUCAAAAUUUUAGGUAUUUCUUUUAUCUAUCGCGUGCAUAAAUACGUAUGUAUCACAAGUAUUCGUUCUCCUACCAAAUAUUAACUAUAAGUACUAACUAACUUAACUAAAUGCAUAAUAUUUGUGUAAUUAACUGCAAUUGACAUUUACUCAUAAUUUUAGUUUACUCUUUUUCUGGUGAGGUUUUAUCCCGUAAUAAUCUUUAAAUGUUCUUCAAUGGUUUGCUGUACUUACCUUUAAUGUAAUUCAUGCUCAAAUAUAAAAUUUAAUGCAUGCAAUGCAAACCAAUGCAUAAUUAACUUUCCAAAAAUAACAUAAUGCAGACGCUCCUGGGAUUAAAGUCGAGAAUUAAAAUUAAUUGGAAAAUAUACAAUGACUGAGUUAUGAUGAAUAAAAUGAUGUAAAUAGUACUUGUAUAAUGUUAUGUAUGUAUAACUAAUCGACACAUGAAUAUUUUAGGACAAAACGCGCUUAUUGUGAUAUAGUAGUUAUGAUGUAGUAAUUAAUUAAAAAUAUGCAUUGUCAAUUUUUGUACCUAAUUGGUUGUUAUUUAUUUUGUUAAUAAAAUAAUUGUAUGUAGGUGCUAAUUGUAUCAAUUGAUUAUCUAAAUGCAGUAGAUGAAGAGAGUAAAAAGGAAGAUUUGGAAAGUAUACUUUUACCAUGUCUGUAAAACAUGUUACGAGAAAUAAAUAAAUAUGAUUGUGAACAAUGAA